AUGUCACAGGUUUGGAAUCAAUCACAAAACUCGAAUGGUUCUGCCAAUGGCAGUGCCACCCCUGGUCCUGCUACUAACGCCAUGGACGUCGAUGGCAAUGAGGCCAAUAAACCCGUUGUUCUGCCUUCUUUUUCGAAGUUAAAUAAUAACAGUAGUAAUGGAUCUGUAAAUUCAAACGCCAAUGCAAGCACAAGUUCUAACACCACUACACAAACGCCUUUACAUCAUUUCCCAAACAGUAAUGCAAACGUCAAUUCGAAUAGUUUGUCAGUAGCAAGUUUCGAUAACCCUUUACCUGUGAAAACUGAAACUACGCCUGCCAUUUCCGCAGAAACAUCUAUUCCAAAUGUUAAUACAACGUAUUCUGCCACUGCCGGCACUACUGCUUCUGCUAAUGAUUCAAAGGAAUCGGAUGAGCAAUUCUAUAGGCCGUUAAAUGUCAAGGAUGCUUUGACGUAUUUGGAACAAGUAAAAUUACAAUUCAGUUCGAGACCAGACAUUUACAAUCAUUUCUUAGAUAUAAUGAAGGACUUUAAAUCACAAUCAAUUGACACUCCGGGUGUAAUCGAACGUGUAUCGACUUUAUUUAGAGGUUAUCCAUCUCUAAUACAAGGUUUUAAUACUUUCUUACCACAAGGAUAUACAAUUGAAUGUACAAAUAAUCCAAAUGAUCCAAUCAAAGUCACAACUCCAAUAGGUUCUGAAACUAUACCUUAUGCUAAACCAAUUCCAAGUGCUGCAACUAAUACUAACGUGCCAGGUCCAACCACUUCGACAUCACCGCCAACAGCGGCAACAACAACUGGCACUACCACACCUGUAGCUGCAAACACUACCGCUAUUCCAAAUAUCACAAGAAAUAAGGAAACCAAUGCUAUUGAAAAUGUAGCUACUGCAGCCCAACCUUCAUUACUGCCUAAUCUUGGAACUCCUAGUCACACAGAAGUAACAAAAUCAGAGUCAGUUAUCCAGUCUUCUGCAAAUGCUCCUAUACAACCCAAUAUGCAUAAUAUGACUCAAGAUACCAUGAAGAUCACUGAGAAACCUGCAGAUGUUGAGUUUAGCCAAGCUGUAAGUUAUGUAAAUAAAAUCAAAAAUAGAUUCGUCGAUGAACCUGAUAUCUAUAAAACAUUUUUAGAGAUAUUGCAAACUUAUCAAAAGGAACAAAAACCAAUUCAUGAAGUUUACUCACAAGUAACCAUAUUAUUCCAAAAUGCUCCUGAUUUAUUAGAUGAUUUCAAAAAGUUUUUACCGGAUAAUAAUAAUUCCGCUGGUGCAGAAACAAACCAAAAUAUACAAGCUAACGCAAUGCAGUAUCAACAGCUUCAUCAGAACAAUGUCGCAAUUCCACAACAUAUCUACGAGAAUAAUACUUAUUAUCAAAAUAAUGUCCCAACAGCUGCAGCUGCAGCUGCUAAUGCUGCUGGAAACGUCGUGACUAUUCAAAGUUUACCUCCAUUAGGUAAUUUUUUACCUCCUUCUAACAAAAAUAACAACACAACGGCUGUUAACAACAAUUUGAUGGGAAUUUCGUCAAUAAUGCAUCCAAAGGUAGACCAUAUUCAAUCGCAACAGUAUAUUGCAGAUCAAAAACAAGCCUACACUCCGGCUCAACAACAAUCAACGACUCAAUUAACAAAUGAAGCAAUGCAAAUUUCUGAGUUGAGAGGAAGUCCCAUGAUGGAUGGUCAAACAGCUAGAAAUCUUGCAAAUGUCAAUUAUUCACCAGCUGAAUUAAAUCAAUUACAAGCUCAACAACAUAUUUCCAUUCAACAACAACAGCAGCAACAGCAGCAACAGCAACAACAAUUACAAAUGCAAAUGCAAAUGCAAAUGGAUGGAGGAUAUCCACAAGAUAUAUCCGUAAGACCUGAAAUUGAUUUAGAUCCAAGCAUUGUUCCUGUUAUUCCUGAACCUGUCGAACCUAUUGAAGACAGUUUGUCUUUGGUCGAGGAAACAAACUUCUUCGAUAAAGCCAAAAAAUUCAUCAACAAUAAACAAAUUUAUAUGGAAUUCUUAAAAAUUUUGAAUUUAUAUUCUCAAAACAUUUUAAAUGUGAACGAGUUAGUAGAAAAAGUUCAAUACUAUUUAGGUUCAAACAAGGAAUUAUUUGACUGGUUCAAAGGAUUUGUUGGUUAUCAAGACAAACCAAAACAUAUCGAAAAUAUAGUACAUGAAAAGCAUAAGUUAGAUUUGGAUCUAUGCGAAGCAUAUGGCCCAAGUUACAAAAAAUUGCCUAAAACUGAUACAUUCAUGCCUUGUUCCGGUAGAGAUGAAAUGUGUUGGGAAGUUUUGAAUGAUGAUUGGGUUGGUCAUCCUGUAUGGGCUUCUGAAGAUUCUGGGUUCAUUGCCCAUCGUAAAAAUCAAUACGAAGAGACAUUAUUCAAAAUCGAAGAGGAAAGACAUGAAUAUGAUUUCUAUAUCGAAUCAAAUUUAAGAACCAUCCAAACUUUAGAAACCAUUGCAAGUAAAAUCGCUAAUAUGACUGAAGAAGAAAGAGCUAACUUUAAGUUACCUAUUGGUUUAGGCCAUACUUCUGUCACAAUUUAUCAAAAAGUUAUUAGAAAAGUUUAUGGAAAAGAAAGAGGUUUUGAAUUAAUUGAUGCAUUGCACGAAUAUCCAGCUGUCGCAGUUCCAAUUAUUUUGAAAAGGUUAAAGCAAAAAGAUGAAGAAUGGAGGAGAGCCCAACGUGAGUGGAAUAAAGUUUGGAGAGAAUUACAACAAAAAGUUUAUUACAAAUCAUUAGAUCAUUUAGGUUUAACUUUUAAACAAGCUGAUAAAAAAUUAUUAACCACUAAACAAUUGAUCUCUGAAAUAAGCAGUAUUAAGGUAGAUCAAACUAACAAAAAGUUACAUUGGUUGACACCUAAACCCAAGAGUCAAUUGGACUAUAAAGUUGCAGAUAGACAAAUUCUAUAUGACAUUCUAAAAUUGACUGACGUAUUCAUAAAUCAUACUUCUAAUUACUCAAAUCCAGAUAAAGAAAGAUUAAGAGAUUUCUUACAAAGCUUCAUUUCAUUGUUUUUCUUUAUCCCACUAGCGGAUAUCAAGGCUGCAAUUAAAAUUAGAUCACCAUUGGACGAUACCAAAACAGACUCAGAAGAAAGUUCUGGUGACUCUGAUAAAUUUCCAAAGAAACGUAGUAUUGAGGAUGAUGAUAUCUCAUUUCAUGAUAUAUUAGACAAAGUGAAAUAUCAAAAAGUUAAGCAAGGUUUAGACAAGAACGAAACUUUCUCUAAUGACAUUUCUUCAGCCACAUCUGUUGAUGACGAUGAAUUAAUAAGACAAGAAGCACAAAAACCAUGGUUAUUAGGCAGUAUUGUAGACGAUGCAAAUUCGCUAGGUAUUAUCCAAAACCGUUCCAAAUAUAACAUAUUUGGUAACACCAAUAUUUACGUCUUUAUCCGUCAUUUAAUAACUUUAUAUGAACGAUUAAAUGAAGCUAAACAAAUGAAUGCAGAGGUCACUGAAGAGAUUAAGAAUAGAUCGAUUGUUCCAUUUGCAAAAGAUUUAAAUUUGGUUUCCACUCAGUUAAAAAAUAUGGGCUUAGAUUUUGAGGGUACUGAUAGUUAUAAACAAUUGCUAGAUUUAAGCACAAGAUUGAUUGAAGGUAAUCUUGAACAUCAUUGGUUUGAAGAAAGUUUACGUCAAGCUUUUAGAAAUAAAGCCUUUAAGCUUUACACCAUUGACAAGGUUACUCAAUCGAUUGUGAAACAUGCUCAUACUAUUAUGUCAGAUACAAAGACAGCUGAAAUUAUGAUGUUAAUGGAAAAAGACAGAAGCUGCGCUACCACUAGUUCAAAAGAUCAAAUUUUGUAUCGUUUACAAGCUAGAUCUCACAUGAGCACAACAGAUAAUAUGUUCCGCAUCGAAUUUAAUAAAAGUUCAGAUAACAUUAGUAUCCAAUAUAUCGGCAUGGAUGACUUAACUUUAGGUGAACCAAAGACUGCUGAAGAAAAAUGGAAAUAUUAUAUUACCUCUUAUGCAUUAUCUCAUCCAACAGAAGGUGUUCCACAGGAGGAAAUUCAAAUUCCAUUUUUGGAGAAAAUACUUGAAACUGAGGAAGCCUACGCUGAAGAAGAAGAAGUUAUUAACGAUAAGUAUUCACCAAAAGGUGUGUCGCAAUCAGAUUUAAAGAUAAAAAUAAGUCCAGAAAAUUAUGCUCUAGAAAUUGAACCUGGUUCAUUCGAUACAUUUUCUCGUCUAUCGAUGAACAAAUACCCUAUUGAUGUAACUAGCGAUGAUUAUAAGAAUAAGAAGAAGCUAUCUAUUGAUAGGGUGAAUGCAUUUUUAAACGGUAAAUUUGGUUGGAAACAAUCUCUGUCUGAAGACGAGAUCAACAACAUAAAUCUUAAAUACAGUCAUAUCAAAAAGUAUGGUUCACUAAAGAAUUAUGUUGUUCCAGUUGUUGCUGCAAUUCCAAACAAGCCUUUAGAAAAUAAAGAAAAGACUCAAGAAGAAGAAACACCUGAUGUUGCUAAUUUGGAAUCAAAGGUUGUCGAAUCAUCUAGUUCUACAACUAACGAAGUUAAAGCUUAA